AUGUCGGAUCUGUCUAUUAGAGGUAUGUCCAAACCGCUAAAGGACCAGGUCAAAGUCUACCACAGGCUAGCGGCUCUGAUGAUGAUCCGUUGGUCGAGGCAUGUUCUUGUCGGGGAUCGAUCCGAUACGUUCAUCUCGGAUGCCUACGACACUGGUUACCUUUUUCGGCAGCUUGCGUGUGAGCUAUGUCGCACUAAUUAUCCACUUUAUGUCAAAUUACAUGAUGGGCACGUGGAGCAGCUAGUUCCUAUGCCGGAGACUCGAGCACCAUACAUGGUCUUGGAAAACAUGAUGAGGGUUGAUCCAAUUGGUGGUGGCCAGACUGACGGUAACGACAGCCAGUCAUCAGUUCAUGCCAGAGGCGUUUAUGUUAUAUCACUCGCUGGCAAGAAGAUGCUCCGUCUAGGACGGGGUCAUGAGAGUGAUGUUCGAAUUGCCGAUGUAUCGAUAUCCCGCUGGCAUGCUACUGUAUCAUUCACUGAGGACGGUCGGUUUGUAUUGGAAGAUCACAACUCCAAAUUCGGAACCCUCGUUGCUCUGCGAAGGCCGCGAGUUAUUGAAGCCGCACCACCACCCGAGCCAGAAGAGGGAGUAGAAGCCCCGAAAGCCCCAGUUCUUACGGUUCAAGCGGGAAGGACUGUCUUCAGGAUUAGCCGCGACGUACCACCACCGCUCAUGCCUCCUACUAGACCGGAUACUAUUACAAUCCCAGAAGGAACCUCCCUCGCACAUAAUAACGUAGCCGUAGCGAUGAUAGCAGCCCAGCUUGGGAGUGACUAUCGAGCAGCAGCUUUGGCUUUGCAUCGACAGCAACUUCAGCAGCAGCAACAACAACAAGAAGAAGAAAUGGAAAACCGAAUGGAUAUUCAGCCUGAUGACGAAGACGAGCAAAGGCAGAACGACGAGCAAUAG